CUUCGACAAUAAAAGUGUGUUUUUAUUCCUUCUGCGUAUCCAAACUUGUCCAAUUCUACAGGUGUGCAGAGUCUACAGGUGUGUCCAGGUAAGCAGGCACAUAUUCCAAGUGGCAUGAUGGACACUUCUAAAGGUGCUUCUCUGGACCUGCGGCCUGGUCAGAGUGUUCCCGUGGAGACGGAUGAGAGCAUGCACUCCCAGCCGUGUGGCGAAGGAGCGAGCUUUGAGGAGCAGUGGAUGCAACGGGACAUGCUCCUUCAGCGUUACUUAAACACGAGUGACAUUGCAGCCAACUCUGGACUUUACUCACUUCCAAGAACUAGUUGGCCUGCUUUUGCCCGCCCUGAAAAGCAGCCCGAAGAUGAGUCCGAGGGCUUGGAGCCACCUCUCCCGCUCGUGUCCGACGCCAACGCCUACUGUACCCCGCAUCUUCUUGGUGUCGGUCCACGCUGUCCGCGGCCGUGCAUGUGUCACCACCCGACCUGCCUGCAACACCCGCAUGCCAGAGAUGUCAUGUGUGAGGCCGUCAUCCAUCAUCCCAAUCAGCCUGAUCCUGGUCCAGGAACCAAGGAGACCAAGAUGACCUUCAGUCUCCCAGAGGAGUACAGGAAUGUUUUCGUCACAUAUUCGGUGGACAUCGCUGCAGAGAUGACUCCCUUCACCAAGUUUCUGACCAGUCACGGCUUCAAACCAGCAAUCGAUAUAUUUGACAGUCCCAUCAGACGAAUGGGCAUCACCAGAUGGAUGGACAGAUUUUUGAAUGACAAAUCAGUCCUCAUCAUUGUGGCCAUCAGUCCCAAGUACAAAGAGGUUGUGGAGGGGGAUGGUAAUGAUGAGCACGGGAUGCACACUAAAUACAUCCACAACCAGAUCCAACAUGAGUUCAUCCAAGAAGGCUGCCUGAACUUCCGGUUUAUUCCGGUGUUGUUUCCCAACACGCCCAAGGAACAUGUCCCCCGCUGGCUCCAAAACACGAGGAUCUACAAAUGGCCCCAAGACACCCAGGACCUGCUGCUGCGUCUGCUGAGGAAGGAGCGCUACAUCAUCCCCCACACCGAGACACCCCUCACCAUCAAAGUCAUCCCGCUCUGAGGACGUCUCCUUUACUGCUUGUCCAUAUUCUGCUUAUGAGGGAAGCUGGAGCCUAUCCCAGCCCUCUUCAGGUGAGAGGCAGGCUGAACUAGUCACCACUCGUCUUAUUUCUUGACUUUAUUCCAAGGAGGUGCACAUUUCCAAAAGUGACCUAAAACAAGGAACAAUGGUGUGUUUGUGCCACUCAAUGAAAAGUUGUACUGACAACUAUGAAAAGAUCUGAAAGAAGAGGAGUAAAGUAUGAAAUAGUGAUAAAUGUUUAGUCAUAAUGAUUGUUUCUUAGUGUUGCUCUAUUAAAAAGGGAAGACAAAAAUGAGGGCGAAACUUGUCAGGUUCAAACUAUUUAUUAAACAAGACAAGAAGCAAGGAAUCACGCAGAGACAACUAUGAAAAGAUCUGGAAGAAGAGGAGUAAAGUGUGAAAUAGUGAUACAUGUUUAGUCAUGAUGAUUGUUUCUUAGUGUUGCUUUGUUAAAAAGGAGGGCGAAACUUGUCAGAUUCAAACUAUUAAACAAGACAAGAAGCAAGGAAUCACGCAGAGACAACUAUGAAAAGAUCUGGAAGAAGAGGAGUAAAGUGUGAAAUAGUGAUACAUGUUUAGUCAUAAUGAUUGUUUCUUAGUGUUGCUCUAUUAAAAAGGGAAGAAAAAAAGGAGGGCAAAACUUGUCAGGUUCAAACUAUUUAUUAAACAAGACAAGAAGCAAGGAAUCACGCAGAGACAACUAUGAAAAGAUCUGAAAGAAGAGGAGUAAUGUAUGAAAUAGUGAUAAAUGUUUAGUCAUAAUGAUUGUUUCUUAGUGUUGCUCUAUUAAAAAGGGAAGACAAAAAUGACGGCGAAACUUGUCAGGUUCAAACUAUUUAUUAAACAAGACAAGAAGCAAGGAAUCACACAGAGACAACUAUGAAAAGAUCUGAAAGAAGAGGAGUAAAGUGUGAAAUAGUGAUACAUGUUUAGUCAUAAUGAUUGUUUCUUAGUGUUGCUCUAUUAAAAAGGGAAGACAAAAAUGAGGGCGAAACUUGUCAGGUUCAAACUAUUUAUUAAACAAGACAAGAAGCAAGGAAUCACGCAGAGACAACUAUGAAAAGAUCUGAAAGAAGAGGAGUAAAGUAUGAAAUAGUGAUAAAUGUUUAGUCAUGAUGAUUGUUUCUUAGUGUUGCUUUGUUAAAAAGGGAACAAAAAGAGGGCAAAACUUGUCAGGUUCAAACUAUUAAACAAGACAAGAAGCAAGGAAUCACGCAGAGACAACUAUGAAAAUAUCUGAAAGAAGAGGAGUAAUGUAUGAAAUAGUGAUAAAUGUUUAGUCAUGAUUGUUUCUUAGUGUUGCUCUAUUAAAAAGGGAAGACAAAAAUGACGGCGAAACUUGUCAGGUUCAAACUAUUUAUUAAACAAGACAAGAAGCAAGGAAUCACGCAGAGACAACUAUGAAAAUAUCUGAAAGAAGAGGAGUAAAGUGUGAAAUAGUGAUACAUGUUUAGUCAUAAUGAUUGUUUCUUAGUGUUGCUUUGUUAAAAAGGGAACAAAAAAAGGAGGGCAAAACUUGUCAGGUUCAAACUAUUAAACAAGACAAGAAGCAAGGAAUCACGCAGAGACAACUAUGAAAAUAUCUGAAAGAAGAGGAGUAAUGUAUGAAAUAGUGAUAAAUGUUUAGUCAUAAUGAUUGUUUCUUAGUGUUGCUCUAUUAAAAAGGGAAGAAAAAAAUGAGGGCAAAACCUUUCAGGUUCAAACUAUCUAUUAAACAAGACAAGAAGCAAGGAAUCACGCAGAGACAACUAUGAAAAUAUCUGAAAGAAGAGGAGUAAUGUAUGAAAUAGUGAUAAAUGUUUAGUCAUAAUGAUUGUUUCUUAGUGUUGCUCUAUUAAAAAGGGAAGACAAAAAUGAGGGCGAAACUUGUCAAGUUCCAACUAUUUAUUAAACAAGACAAGAAGCAAGGAAUCACGCAGAGACAACUAUGAAAAGAUCUGGAAGAAGAGGAGUAAAGUAUGAAAUAGUGAUAAAUGUUUAGUCAUAAUGAUUGUUUCUUAGUGUUGCUCUAUUAAAAAGGGAAGAAAAAAAU